GAGCGGGGCCGGGCCGGGGGCGCCGCCGCCAUGGGGGAGCGGCCGCGGGGCAGCGGCGCCGCCGCCCGGCGCUGAGGGACCCGCCGAGCUGGGAGCCCGAGGAGCUGCGCUGGGAGGACCCUCUCCACAGGAUGUUCUCUCCACCAAAGACCUCCCUGUGAGCGGCGAUGAUGACAGUCCCGGCGGGACCUCGGGAAGCACUAACAUUUCAGUAGCCCUGCACCCUUGGGUGGCCGCCUUCCCCUCCUUCUCCGCCCCCCGCCCUCCCUCCGCUCCCCGGGAUGGUGUAUUAACCAAGAAGAGCCCUGCUUCUGUCCUCCUCGCCCACCCAUUUUCGGCAGCUCUGGGAUUUGUAUGGCAGCAGCGUAACCGUGGAGAGGCCGGGGUAUCACAAACUUAUGGAUUUUGAUAAGAGAGGAGGGAAAGGGGAGCUGGAGGAAGGUAAAAGGAUGUCCAAGACAGGUGGAGGAAGGAGCGGUCAUGGAAGCCGGGGCACUGGAACCAACUCGGGAGUGCUGAUGGUGGGUCCCAACUUCCGCGUCGGCAAGAAGAUCGGCUGCGGCAAUUUCGGGGAGCUCCGUCUAGGAAAGAACCUCUACACCAACGAAUACGUAGCGAUCAAAUUGGAACCCAUAAAGUCCCGGGCCCCCCAGCUGCACCUGGAGUAUCGGUUCUACAAACAGCUCGGCAAUGCAGAAGGAAUUCCUCAGGUUUACUACUUUGGCCCCUGUGGGAAGUACAAUGCCAUGGUGUUGGAGCUGCUGGGCCCCAGCCUGGAAGAUCUCUUUGAUCUGUGCGAUCGCACCUUCACGCUCAAGACCGUCCUGAUGAUCGCGAUCCAGCUGAUCACACGGAUGGAGUAUGUCCACACCAAAAGCCUGAUCUACAGAGAUGUGAAGCCGGAGAACUUCCUGGUGGGGCGGCCGGGCAGCAAGCGGCAGCACACCAUCCACAUCAUCGAUUUUGGCCUGGCCAAAGAGUACAUUGACCCCGAGACCAAAAAACACAUCCCCUACCGAGAGCACAAGAGCCUGACAGGGACAGCACGUUACAUGAGCAUCAACACCCACCUCGGGAAAGAACAAAGCCGCAGGGACGACCUGGAAGCAUUAGGGCACAUGUUUAUGUACUUCCUCCGUGGGAGCCUUCCUUGGCAAGGCCUCAAGGCCGACACGCUGAAGGAGAGGUACCAGAAGAUCGGCGACACCAAACGAGCCACCCCAGUGGAGGUGCUCUGUGAGAACUUCCCAGAGGAGAUGGCCACGUACCUGCGCUACGUGCGGCGGCUGGAUUUCUUUGAGAAGCCCGACUACGACUACCUGAGGAAGCUCUUCACGGACCUGUUCGAGAGGAACGGUUACGUGUUCGACUACGAAUACGACUGGGCAGGGAAGCCUCUGCCCACGCCCAUUGGCACGAUGCACAGCGAGGUGCAGGUGCAGCCCCCGAACAGAGACAAAGCACAGCCACACACCAAACACCAGGUGAUGAGCUCCACUAACGGAGAGCUGAACACAGACGACCCGACGGCAGGACACUCGAACGCCCCCAUCACAGCCCCCACCGAGGUGGAGGUGACAGACGAUACAAAGUGCUGCUGUUUCUUCAAGAGAAGGAAGAGGAAAACCACCAAGCGUCGCAAGUGAGCCGGGGCCGGGCGGAGCCGCGACGGCUCCUCUCCCUCUGGCCGUGGCUGGAUGUUGACCCGCGGAGCCGGCGGCCCCUCGGGCUGGACGGGGACGGGGGGGCCGGGCCGGACGGGCUCCCCCAGCGCCCCACGCGCAGCUGGGGAGCGGGGCCUCCCCAAACUGCUUGUCCUUUCCUCCGCCACCCGGCGCGUGGCCGUUUACUCGAACCAAGCCCAACUUCGCUGAAGUUCCUGCGUCCGUCAAACAGAAAAAAAAAAAGGAAGAAAAAAAAGGAAACCGAAACAAAUCCACGGCGUCACUUGCUUUGAGUCUAUAACUAGUCUGAAAUGGGGAUCAACUACAGACUCUGACCCGUCGCUGUCAGAAGAAGACGAAGACAAUUUCGAGAGCAGUGGGCUAAGGAGGAAUUUUUUUUUCUGUUGCUUCUUUGUCUCUUAAGUUAAUUUAAAGUGAGUCUCGGUGCA